GGCAGAGCCAGCACAGACCCCAGGAACCAGCUGGCACGUACCUCUGCUGCACACGGGAAACUUCCUUCACCAGAAAGCGCUGGGGAGCUGGAAAGUUUCCCGUCCCAGUCCGAGCCCUAUAACAGGGAUUAUCCAAACCAGAAGAAUUUCCUCAUUUUGCUCGGUUCUGACCAACUCUACACUGGAGGUGGGUUCGAUUCAGUGGCAGGUAACAUGAUUCCAGAAUAUUGUUUGGUAAGGCACUGUGGAAUACCUCAGGAUGAAAGUUAUAACAUAAAUAGUCACCAAAAGAACCAGAACGCAACACACCAUAAACUCAACCACGCUUGUAAACAAGAGUGCAUUACCAGGAUCCUGACAGCUGCCCUGAUUUCUCCUCUGUGACCUUGAGCAAAAGAUGUGUGAAACAAAGAACUCAACAGAGGCUCACCCAAUCCCGCUAGGGAUGGCCCUGGGGAGCAUCUCACUGAUUACAGUCAUCAUGAAUAUUUUGGUCCUAUAUGCAGUAAAAAUAGAAAGAAAGCUGCAUACAGUUGGGAACUUGUACAUUGUCAGCCUAUCAGUUGCGGAUCUUAUAGUUGGUGCAGCUGUUAUGCCACUGAACAUUAUGUACCUACUGAAGCACAGAUGGGUACUGGGCAGACCAGCCUGUCAGUUCUGGCUCUCAAUGGAUUAUGUAGCCUCCACAGCCUCCAUCUUCAACCUUUUUAUAUUGUGCCUAGAUCGUUACCGUUCAGUUCAGCAACCACUCAAGUAUCUCAAGUACCGGACCAAAAGUAGAGCUUUGGUGAUGAUUUCUGGAGCUUGGCUGAUUUCUUUUCUGUGGAUCAUACCAAUUCUAGGCUGGCGUACUUUUACCAAUGGUGGGGAACGGCAAGUGGAAGAAGGGACCUGUGAAACAGAGUUCUCCACAGUCACCUGGUUUAAAGUGUUGACGGCCAUUGUCAACUUCUAUGUCCCAUCUUUCCUGAUGUUAUGGUUCUAUGCAAAAAUAUACAAGGCUGUCCGGAAACACUGUCAGCACCGAGAGCUAAUCAAUGGAUCGUUUCGGUCUUUCUCAGAAAGCAAAAGUAUACAUCGUGAUAAGGUGCAGGAAAAGCAAACCAUUUGCCACCAAAAGCCAAAUAAAGAUAUAAGCACAGGUCUUUCAAAAGGAAGCUCUGUAGACCCUUGCUGUAAUGUAAAUCUCUACGUCCCUCAGUCCAAAAGUAUGGGGGCAAAGCUUGAACUCAGCAGCUUUGACAAACCCCCAAAGGCUCUCAUUACAGAAGGUGACAGCAAGGUAGUAAAACUGAGCUGUUUUCCCCUUGCCAUUGCCAAGACUCAGCUAGGACCAGAUAAAGUGGGAAUGAAGUAUGUGCCUGUCAAGAAGGGGUCUUGCUCACAGGCUCCAGAGUUAAGUGACACAUCAGAUGAACACACUUUCAUUGAGGGGGCCUCCUGUAAAAAUGACUCCGAUCUCACCCUGAUCCCAGCAGCUUCUAGUGCUGAGGCAAACACUAACAAAGACUCUGCAGGCCUCAGUUACCUGAAGAGCACCUGGUGGAGACUGCGCACCCAGUCUAUGCAAGGGGUGCAUGUGAACAGGGAGAGGAAAGCAGCCAAGCAGCUGGGUUUUAUAAUGGCAGCCUUUAUGGUGUGCUGGAUUCCCUAUUUUGUGCUGUUUAUGGUAAUAGCCUGUUGUCAAAGCUGUUGCAACUACAGUUUACAUAUGUUCACUAUUUGGCUUGGUUAUGUGAACUCCACCUUAAAUCCAUUCAUCUAUCCCCUCUGUAAUGAGAACUUCAAGAAGACGUUCAAAAAGAUCUUUCAUAUUCACUCAUAAUACCUCAUCAGAUUGUUUUUAUUUGGGGUAAAAAAAAAGUGAAUCCAUGAUUUUUCAAAGAAAGAAAACUUUCCAGUUUCAAAGGAAAUUAUGAAUGAGGUAGAAGGCUUUAAAAAUGUAAUCCGUAGAACUAUCAUGUGAAAACAGGAAACACGUACUUACAUGACAAAUAAGAGCUUUAAAGUUCAAAGUAUUUAAAGGGGAACUGGCUUUGACAAGGAUUCCUGAAAACUCAGGACUCAGUCUCAGGACUGCUAUGCUAAUGUACAUAUUUUACAUCUUUUAAGACUUCUUUUUUCCAUCAUGUAGAACAAACUGUAGAGAUGGACAGAAAUCUUCAGUGGUUAUGAGCUAAUUAGAUACGGAAAGAAAAAAGACUUCAGUUUAUAUGUUCACUCUAAUGUUCAUGUUGUCUUCUGUAACUUACUUUUUUUAAAAGUUAACCUGGAGACAUGCUGCUUGUUAAAGGCACAGAUCUCCUACAGGAUAUGGUAUUUCAUGCAGUCAACGUAUGACUCUUGAAUUGUUUGAAAAUGUACCCUAUUUAUUUCUAAAUUCCCCCAGAAUCGUGCACUUUUAGAGAUACCAAGUUGCAUUGUCAUUUACUAUAGAAAUCUUUGAUAUUGUGUUUGUGUUGAUUUCCAACAGCAUUGUUCAUUUUAUUGGAAAAGAUAUCAAUAUUUUUUCUAUAUGCUAAAUAUUUCACCAUAUUGAUAGACUUCUCAAACCCACUAUACUAUAGUUACUUUUGCUAUAAGAGAAUACAAUUGUUUCUAAACUUGUACUGUAAAGUAGAGGGAGGAUAAACUACCUUGUCCUCCUUCCUACAGCUAGGACAUAGCCCUAGCAAGUUCCCCUAAAGCUGGUGCAAAUACGCUGCUCUACAUUAGGUGAACUCUUCACACAAAGCUGCAUACAGCAACUGAUCUUUACAAGGAAAGUGAACAAUUAGAGUACAUUUUCCUUUCCUGUCAUUUAAAUUUAAUUACAUCUUACAAGCCACAUUGUAAUGGCUAUUACACAUUUCCUGAACUAAGCUAUGAAUGGAACACUUGUGCCAGGAAAAGAAGUAGCUUGAUUUAGAAGGACUGGAGAGCCUUGCAGUCAGAGGUGACACUAACAAGCUGACACUUGCCUAUGCAUUGGCUGACUCCUUUGCCCCCUACAGCUACAGUGUACCAAUAAUCCCCGGAAACAGACAUGCCCUUCCACACAAUAGGAAUGAACUCUGCCCCAGUGAGUUCAUUUAGAUAUAGAUUUCUAAAUAUGUAUUAAUUAAAGGUCAGGAGAAGACAAUAAAAUAUAGUUCCUUAGAGCAGUGGUUUGCAACCUGUGGUCCAUGGAGGUCUGCAGACUGUGUCUACACUACGAAAUUAUGUCGAAUUUAUAGAAGUCAAUUUUUAGGAAGCGAUUUUAUACAGUCAUUUGUGUGUGUCCUCACUAAGCACAUUAAGUCGGUGGAGUUUGUCCACAGUACCGAGGCUAGUGUUGACUUUCAGAGCAUUGCACUGUGGGUAGCUAUCCCACAGUUCCUGCAGUCUCCACUACCCAUUGGAAUUCUGGGUUGAGCUCCCACUGCCUGCUGGGGCAAAAAUAUUAUUGCAGGUGGUUUUGGGUACAUGUCAGUCGCCACUCCCUCCGUGAGACAAUCGUUUCACGCUUUUUUCUGCACAGACGCCAUACCAUGGCAAGUGUGUAGCCCUCUCGACUCAGCCACCGUUGUUGUGUCCUGGGUGCUGCUGGCAGCAAAUGGUACAGUAGGGCUGCAAACAUCGUCAUGCUUCCGCUGCCACUCUGCUCUCCUGCUCCGGCAGCAGAUGGUGCAAUAGGGCUGCAAACCAUCGUCGUCGAACAACCGCUUCUGCUGCCACUCUGCUCUCCUGCUCCGGCAGCAGACGGUACAAUAGGGCUGCAAACCAUCAUCACGCUUCCGCUGCCACUCUGCUCUCCUGCAGACACCAUACCACGGCAAGCAUGGAGCCCGCUCAGAUCACCGUGGCAGUUACGAGCACUGUAAACAUCUUGCACAUUAUUCUGCAGUAUAUGCAGCACCAGAACCUGCAAAAGCAGGCAAGGAGGCAACAGCAGCACAGUGACGAGAGUCAUGAGGACAUGGACACAGACUUCUUUCAAAGCACGGGCCCUGGCAAUUUGGACAUCAUGGUGGUAAUGGGGCUGGUUGAUACAGUGGAAUGCUGAUUCUGGGCCUGGCGAACAAGCACAGACUGGUGGGACCCCAUAGUGUUGUGGGUAUGGGAUGAUUCCCAGUGGCUGUGCAACUUUUGCAUGCAUAAGGCCACUUUUAUGGAACUGUGUGAGUUGCUUUCCCCCGCCCUGAAGUGCAGGAAUAUCAAGAUGAGACCUGCCCUGACAGUUGAGAAGCAAGUGGUGAUAGCCCUCUGAAAGCUUGCAACACCUGACUGCUACUUGUCAGUCAGGAAUCAAUUUGGAGUGGGCAAAUCUACCAUAGGGGCUGCUGUGAUCCAAGUAGCCAAGGCAAUGACUAACCUGGUAGCAAGGGUAGUGACUCUAGGAAAUGUGCAGGUCAUAGUGGAUGGCUUUGCUGCAAUGGGAUUCCCUAACUGGUGGGGCGAUAGACAGAAUGCAUAUCCCUGUCUUGGGACUGGAGCACCAAGGCAGUCAGUACAUAAACCCGAAAGGGGUACUUUUCAAUGGUGCUGCAGGCACUGGUGGAUCACAAGAGACAUUUCACCAACAUCAACGUGGGAUGGCCGGGAAAGGUACAUGACGCUCGCAUCUUCAGAAACUCUGGUCUAUCUGAAUGGCUGCAGCAAGGGACUUACAUUCCAGACCAGAAAACAACAGUUGGGGAUGUUGAAAUGCCUAUGUUUAAAAGUGUGCUGGUGCAGUUUAAUGACUCAGUUAGACCUCAACAAAACAAAUAUUCCCAUCGUUAUUACUGCUUGCUGUAUGCUCCACAAUAUCUGUGAGAGUAAGGGGGAGACAUUUAUGGUGGGGUGGGAGGUUGAGGCAAAUCACCUGGCCGCUGAUUACACGCAGCCCGACACCAGGGUGGUUAGAAGAGUACAGCAAGGCGCGCUGCGCAUCAGAGAAGCUUUGAAAACCAGUUUCAUGAAUGGCCAGGCUACACUGUAAAAGUUCUGUUUCUUUCUCCUUGAUGAAAAUCCACCUCCUUUGUUCACUGUUCUUCCCUGUAAGCCAACCGC